CGUUGGCCUACCACGAAACCCACUGGAUUCUCGAUGUGACUUUCGCCGAGUCAUCCCCACAAACAAAACUCUCUCUCUCUCUCUCUCUCUCUCUGCCUGCCCAGGAAGAAAAAAUCCUCAUCUUUUUUACGUGUCUUGCUCAGCCUUCUCAUUUCUGUAGCACGCCGGCAAAGAAAAAGCAGGCGAGGAGAGGAGAGAAAAGUUAUGAAAUGGGUGGCGGAACUGCUACAAUAAGUCCAUUCAAAGACCAAACUCACUCCCUCGCCAAGAAGAUCUUACCAUGGACCAUCUAUGCCCUUCUCCCUAUAGCUCUCUUUCGCCUUUACUUUUAUCCUCUCCAACUCCCUCAGUCCUCCACCGAUCAGCUCCCCAAUACCACCCCUAUAACCAUCUCCUCCUCCUCCUCCUCCUCUUCUCUUUCUCUUCCUCCUACUCAGUUUUAUUCUUCUGAAGAAGAGGGAAAAACUAACGAAACUCCAUGUGACUACACCAGAGGCAGAUGGGUCCAUGAUCGGUGGGGCCCUUUGUACAAUGGUACUACAUGCGGCACCAUCAAGGAUGGCCAAAAUUGCAUCUCUCAUGGCAGGCCUGAUCUGGACUACCUCUAUUGGAGGUGGAAACCCAAGCAAUGCAAGCUACCAAGGUUUGAACCCAACACCUUUCUUGAGCUCAUUAGGAACAAGCACAUAGCUUUUGUGGGUGACUCCAUGGCUAGGAACCAACUGGAAUCGCUUCUUUGCAUGCUAGCCACUGCAUCUGCGCCUAACCUUGUCUACCGGGACAGCGAGGAGAAUAAGUUCCGUAGGUGGAACUUUCCGUCUCACAAUGCCACUGUUUCAGUAUACUGGUCGCCAUUUCUCGUAAAGGGUAUUGAAAAAUCUCACGGGGGGCCUAAUUUCAACAAAUUGUACUUAGAUCGGGUGGAUGAAAAGUGGGCAAGUGACUUGGAUCGCAUAGACAUGGUUGUUUUAUCAAUUGGGCAUUGGUUUCUACACCCGGCGGUGUACUUGGAGGGUGAUUUGGUGUUAGGUUGCCACUACUGCCCUGGUCUCAAUCACACAGAGAUUGGUUUUUAUGAAGUUUUGUUGAAGGGUUUAAGGACUUCCCUGAAGACCAUAAUCGAAAGGAGAGGGUCUACUGGUAAUGGAAUUGAUGUAAUUGUGACUACAUUUUCGCCUGCACAUUUUGAAGGUGACUGGGAUAAAGCCGGGGCCUGUCCAAAGAAAAAGCCUUAUAAGGAGGGUGAGAAGCAGCUUGAAGGAAUGGAUGCAGAGAUGAGAAAAACUGAGGUAGAGGAAGUGCAGGCGGCAAAGGAAAAUGCUUUGCAAUUUUCAGGGUUCAGACUAGAGUCAUUGGACGUGACCAAGUUAUCAUUAAUGAGACCGGAUGGUCACCCUGGGCCAUAUAUGUAUCCUUUUCCCUUUGCUAAUGGGGUGACAGAACGCGUGCAGAAUGAUUGUGUGCAUUGGUGCUUGCCGGGGCCUAUUGACACUUGGAAUGAAAUCUUGCUGCAAGUAAUGAAGAAAUGGGAGGGUGAGUUAAGGAGAGGAUAAUGAGUUACUGUACUUGGUUAAGAAGGUUAUUUAUCUUUAGAUGUUUCUCUCAAUUUGGGUGGUGGUUGUUACUCUGGAAGAGAUCUGAAAGAAGAGGAGAGAAGUGAUUGGUUGGUUUUGGUAUUUUUGGGUUCUCAAUAUGGAAUUUGAAGAGAUAUAUAAUGGUGCCAAACCAAAGAUAACGAUUUUUUGUUUUGUUUGUUUAUUCUGUGUGCAUAUACAGAUGUUUUUAAAUGUGAAAGUUGUAGAAGAAAUCAUAAAGUCCGUUGGCAGUUGUGCUUUUUCUAUA